UCGUCGUUGGAGCCAGACGUGUCCGAAGUGUCAAAAAUAUUUGCCGAGAUUUUCCGAGAACUCAGCGGGUUGGAAUGAGAUCAGAAUGGAUCCGGACAACGAUAUUUAUGCCUUCUACGACAUAAGGGGGUACAAGGGGAAAUGUAGACCGGGCAGGCCGAACUCGGAACGAAUCCUGCAACCGCGAAUGUCACUCCUAGGAAAGCCGCUGAACUACAACCGCGGCACCCGCCGCGAUGUUCGCUACCGGCGCCUCCAGAGUCGCCUCUACAACUUCCUGGAGCGGCCGCGCGGCCUGCACGCCAUCUUCUACCAUGUGAUGGUAUUCCUGAUGGUGUUCACCUGCCUGGCGCUCAGUGUGUUUUCCACCAUCAAGGAGUACGAAGAGGACGCCGUCUACAUUCUGUUCCGCAUGGAGAUCCUGGUGGUUAUCUGGUUCACAAUGGAGUUCGGAGCUCGACUCUGGUCAUCGGGCUGCCGAUCGCGAUACCAGGGAUGCCUGGGUCGACUGAAGUUCGUGAAGCGACCAUUCUGUAUUAUAGAUAUUGUCACCAUUUUAGCCUCAAUUGUAGUAUUAGGAAUGGGCACCUCGGGCCAGGUGUUCGCCACGAGUGCUUUACGUGGCCUCCGGUUCUUUCAGAUCCUUCGGAUGGUGCGCAUGGAUCGGCGGGGCGGCACCUGGAAGCUGCUCGGUUCGGUUGUAUACGCACAUAGACAGGAGCUGAUCACAACCAUGUACAUAGGGUUCUUAGGUCUAAUCUUUGCAUCAUUCCUGGUCUAUAUGUGGGAGAAGGACGUCAAUGAUAAGUUUAGCAAUUUCGCCCAAGCCCUCUGGUGGGGUGUGAUCACACUCUGCACGGUGGGCUAUGGAGACAUGGUGCCGAUCACCUGGCAGGGCAAGCUAAUUGCCUCCUGCUGUGCCCUUCUGGGAAUAUCCUUCUUCGCCUUGCCAGCGGGCAUCCUCGGCAGCGGAUUUGCUCUGAAGGUGCAGCAGCAGCAGCGGCAGAAGCACAUGAUUCGGCGUCGCCAGCCGGCGGCCACUCUCAUCCAGGCCGUGUGGAGAUGCUAUGCGGCCGACGAGCAUUCCGUAUCGGUGGCUACGUGGAACAUCCACCGGGUGGCUCUGCCCAGUCCGCCAGCUUCUUCUGAAAACUGGGAGCGAUUAUUAAAAAACAUAACUGAAUAUAGACGGGCGUCAUCCAGCUUCAAGCACAACACGUCCUUCGUGGCCCGGCUGCCCACCAUCCGGAGGCACAAGAGCCAGACGAUCCAGACGCCGGGCGGAGGCGACGGCGGCGGAGUGUCCAAGCCGCCGGGCUCGUCGAGGGCCUCCACGAGGUACACCCGCACCAUCCGGGACAUCAAUGCGUCCGUGGAGAACCUGGAGGUAGUACAAAACGGCAAAUCCAUGAAUCCAAGUUUCAGCGAAGAUUCAGUUGCUGAAACCACUUGCUUAAAAAAUAUUAAAAAUUCAGACGCCAGCCAGCCCGCGGCGCUGGCCAACUGCAAGCUCAGCUCGAGCGCCGGUUCCCUGGCCCAGUUUCCCGAUCGGGAUCGGGAUCGACGAGAGCAAGGCGAAGGGGAAGGGGAUCAGGCUGAGGAGCAGGCCAAAGCCGGUGGCUCCCGGAGAAAUCUCACCAUUCCGGUGGUGCUCUACGGUUUUCUGCACGGCAACUUCUUGGGCUCGACGCUUUCGCUGCGCAAUCCACGUGUGGCUCCCGCCAACGAUCGGGAUCUGGAAGCUGGCCGGGAUGAGGAUGAAGUCCACAAAGACACUUGCCAGCGGAGCAACACCUUGCCGCUGCCCGUCAAGCCAGACAGUCCCAGUGGUAGCCCGGGAAGUGGUCGUACGGGUCGGUUUUUUGCGGCCGCAUCGCAUUUUCUGGAGACCGGAUUCAGCACACCAAAUCCAACCAUCGACGUGGCAAAUGAGGAGGACGAGCCGCGCUGCACGCAGCUAACCAACCGGCACAAGACCGCCAUCAGGUUCAUACGCAAGCUCAAGUACUUUGUGGCACGGCGGAAAUUCAAGGAGGCCUUGAAACCAUACGACGUCAAGGACGUCAUGGAGCAGUACGCAGCAGGUCACGUGGACUUGUUGGGUCGCGUUAAAAUGCUACACUUGCGCUUGGAUCAAAUCCUGGGCAAACAAGGGUCCAAGGCCAAGGAUGUAUAUGCAUCCAAAAUAAGCCUAGCCUCCCGCGUGGUUAAAGUCGAGCGGCAGGUCGCUGAUAUCGAAGAGAAGCUAGACAUUCUGAUCAAGGCUUACAUGGAGGAUCGUGAUAGAUUCCUGGCUCUUCCGCUGCCAGCCAAGCCCAAAAUACAUUCCAUUAGUCCUAGCCACAAGCCCCUGCACCACGCCCACAACCUGGCGAUGAUCGACGUGUGGAAACGGACCGCGGCGCUCAGUGUGCAUCCGGAGCAGGUGACCACCACACCCUUGCUGAAUCCCUCGGCGCCGGACAGCUCCGAGCUGCGAUCCCUGACAGCCACGCAAACGCCUACCACCACAACCGAUGCGAUCGCCACACAAACCCCCAUGCCGCCGCAUGUGCAGCAUACAGCGACCAAUACAAAGUCUUCCGUGCUUAACUCAUAUCAGUUGGGGUCUGAGAAGCAGCAGCACAAUGAUGUUUUUAUGACUGAAUUAGAGAAUAGAACCAAAAAACGUGUUACGUUAAGCCUUCAUAGAUCAACAUCGGAGCCGUAUAGCAAGCAGGAGCAACGGAUCACUAUGCCCGAUGAGGGAGCUGAUUCCCUGGACAGCAGUGCAAAGCCAACGCCGCCAGAUAGUUCAAUUAUAUUAAUCGAUGAGUACGAGGACUUCGAGGAGGAGGAUCUUAACUGUGAGGGUGAAAUGGAUCAUUUCCCCACCUGGGAGAUCGACAGUGAUAUUGGCGUAGAAGUCGAUGUGGACGCGGAUGCCGAUGGCGACUGUGAUGAGUCCACCGAGGACACGGCACUGCUGCAGUGUGCCACGCGCACAGCCAUUGUUAUAACACCAAUUAGCCCAGUAAGCUCCGCACACAAUCUUCAGCAAUUAAAUGACCAAACUACAACGCUUAAUAAAUCAAAUUUGCUUCCGCCAGACUCUGGCUAGUUAAUUGCAAUUGAAAUUAGCUAAAC